UCCACAGGUGACAGGGACACCACCCACCUUCCCUCCAGGCGGGACUGAGCUCAGCAGUGGCUCUCCAGCCUCCCAGUAAGCCCUCAGCCCCCACUGCAGACCUUGUCUUUCCCCUCCUCCAUGUCUCUAAGGGCCUCUGUCUCUGUUUGAGAGGAUCUCUCGGUCUCUGUCCCUCCAUUUCUGCAUCUCUAGUAGCCUCCUGCUUUCUCACGUCCUCUCUGUACCCAGCCUCCAGAAUGUUCCUCCUGCUGACAGCACUGCAGGUCUGGGCUGCAGUCUUCCCAGCCUCAGCACAGACCCAGGGGGACAACAAGAUCAUCGGCGGCUACACCUGUAUCCAGAACUCCCAGCCGUGGCAGGCAGCCCUGCUGGCCGGCCCCUGGAACCGUUUCCUCUGUGGAGGCGCCCUGCUGUCUGAACGCUGGGCCAUCACCGCUGCCCACUGCGCCCGCCCGAUCCUGCGGGUAGCCCUGGGCAAGCACAACCUGAACAACUGGGAGGCCACCCAGCAGGUGCUGCGUGUGGUUCGCCAGGUGCCACACCCCCAGUACAAUGCCCGUACCCAUGACAAUGACCUGAUGCUGCUGCGGCUGGAACGGAAUGCGCGGCUGGGCAGGGCAGUGAGGACCAUCGGCCUGGCCACAUCCUGCGCGCCCAACGGCACAUCCUGCCGCGUGUCAGGCUGGGGCACCACGUCCAGUCCCAUUGCCAGAUACCCUAACGCUCUGCAGUGCUUGAACAUCAAUAUCGUCUCGGAUCAAGAGUGCAGGCAGGCUUAUUCCAACGCCAUCACCCCUGGCAUGGUCUGUGCAGGUGUCCCCCAGGGCGGGAAGGACUCUUGCCAGGGGGACUCCGGGGGACCCCUGGUGUGUGAGGGCCGGCUCCAGGGCCUGGUGUCUUGGGGGAUGGAGCGCUGUGCCAUGCCAGGCUACCCAGGUGUCUACGUCAGACUGUGCAAGUACCGGAAGUGGAUCCAGGACACCAUGAGGCGCCAGUGAUGUGAUGUCACCUUCUGCAGUUACCCUGUGCUUCCAGACCCAGCCCACACCCUGCAAACCCCAGGAUCCCCUGUCCCCAAACCCCUACAGGCCUUGGGGUUCCCAGGUCCUUCUUCUCUCAGAUAAUGGUCCUUAUGCACCUCCUCCCUCAGACUCAGGGUUGCCCAGGCCCUCUUCCCCCACACCCAGGGGUCCCCCAGCCCCUCCUCCCUCAGACCCAGAGGUCCUUAAGCCCUUUCUCUCUCAGAAACAGGGGUCCCCCAGCCUCUCCUCCCUCACACUCAGGGGUCCUCAAGCCCCUCCUUUCUCAAGUCCCUCCUCUCUCAGACCCAGGGGUCCCCCAGC